UGAGGACUUGUAUCUUGAAUUGCUUUGUAUUGAAGUGAAGUGAGAUGAUUCUAGAUUUUGAUUGCGGUUUUCAUUUUUUUUUUUCUUAAUGGGUUUCUUUGGGAUUUAGAAGUUUGAGCAAUAGGUCUGAUAAAGUUGCGAAUUUUUAAGCUUCACUUGGUAAAACCUGAAAAGAUUGACAAUGCAUGAUUGAACUUGGUCGUAUGAUUUCAUGCUCUCACUUUUUAGUGGAUUGUUAAAUCGAUGCUUGAAAAAUUAGAUGUUGAUGAUGAAUGAAAAGAAAUAGGUGAUGUUGUCAUCAUAAUUGCUUAUGCGCCUGCGGGGUAUCAUCUGGUUAUUGUAUAUCAAUGUUUGAUUGUUCUGUUACUAUGCUCUCUCGCACUACCCUUGACUUAAAUUGGUUGUUGAGUGAUGGAAUAAUAGUGAAGUUUAUGUCUCUCUCAUUAUAUCAGGUGUUGUAGAGGUGACAACUGACUGUUAGGCGAUUUUGCUUUGGAAAACUACACAUGGAUCAAAAUAUUACUAUCGAGGAGGGAGAUGUAAAAAGUGGCCUUGAAUUGGUGAAAUCAGUUUCAGAUAAGCAUCUUGAUCUUUUGAGACCAUCAGCCCGAUAUUAUUCAAUUUUUAAAGGGCAAGUGGCAGAUGCUUCUGACCGUGAGAAGGGUAAAUAUACCCUGAUCAGAGAUGCAGAUGACUUCCAACCAAGCAUAUAUGACAAGCCAUUACCCUGUUUUGGCUGUGGAGUUGGGUGGUUUUCAUUUCUAUUAGGAUUUGUUUGCCCAAUAAUGUGGUACUAUGCCACAUUGCUGUAUUUUGGUAAUUACUACAAAAAGGAUCCUAGAGAACGAGCUGGGCUUGCCGCAUCUGCAAUAGCUGCAAUGGCAUUUUCUGUUUUCUUCUUGAUCAUCUUAGCUGUGUGGUUCUACUUUUUUAGCUCCCGCCUUGACAGUUGCACGUGCUUUGGAGGCAUUUGUGGGCAAGGGCGUUGUGAUCUUGAUUUGGGAUUUGUAUAUUUUUCCUUAACUCAGCUGCUAUUUCUGAUGUAG